AUGCCUCCUUCAACUUCCACCACCACGAUCUCACUUGCUGGUGUCCUAUCGGACACUUCACCCUGGCUCAAAGGCAGAUUUCCGUCAGCUUUGAAAAAAAAUCGGUCUUCUCUACCUUCUUCACUGACAAAUCGUAGUCGACAAACUAAAACGGUCCUCGAAGUCGUGCUUUUCCUACGCCACCUAUGCCUAGGCGCUGAUUUGUUUUUGCAUCGUCCUCAUAUAAUCGUAUGUCUCGUGAUUGAAGCUUCGAGCAAAGUGAAGCGGGACAAGGGAGGCGCCGUCCACACUGUAUCAAGAGUGUACAAUGGCAGCAAGAUGCCGUCAAAAUUGUCACCAUAUAUUGAUGGUAAAUUCGUCGAAUGUGGGAACAUGAUGCUUUACGUAGGCUCAAGACAUGUUAUAGCCAUGACUGGUAAUGAAACAAUCACAACCGAAUCAGCGAUCGAAGACUCACAACAACUGUUGUAUCAUGCUCGUAUGCUGGUCAACCUGGUGUGCUGUGUGGCCGCCGUGCUUGGUAUACCGGCCAAUUUAUUUGUGUUGAUCGCUAUCUUCUACUUCCGAGAAAUGAGGACCAUAUCCAAUAUUUACAUUGGAAAUCUCGCUGUGGCUGAUAUGCUGUUUCUUGCUGGUACACCAAUAAUUAUCACUCAAUCGAUAACGAAGCACUGGAUUUUCGGAAGUGUUGUAUGUAAGGGAUUCAUCACCGGAAAUGGGAUCUCACAAUUCGCUUCGGCGAUGUUCAUCGCCGUGCUUUCAUUAGAUCGAUUUCUUGCUGUAUGUCGCCCAACUCGGUCAUCAGUUCUUCGCACUCGUCGAGCAGCCACAGCUGCCGCUAUAAUCACCUGGGCUAUAGUGGUUCUGGAAAUCACGCCACUGUUUAUGUUUGUAAAACUGGUAAAAAGUUCAAGUGGACCUGGUGAAGAAGGCAGACACAUGUGUAUACUAGUCACCGAAGAAGAUCGAGACCUGGAAGGUGAAAGUGCUGGUGCUGAACGGGAGACGUUAUUUUCGCGGAAGUUCUUCACGACGUACACGUUCACUUUGAGUUAUCUACUACCAUUGAUAGCGAUCUGGUUUUUCUACGCGAAAAUCAUUCGAAAACUCUGGCGAAGACGUCAUCAAAUGCAUUUAAAGCGGAAAGUGACAAAACGAAAAACUACAAAGGUAACCAUUAUGGGUCUUUCGAUUGUCAUAUCCUAUACAUUAUGCUGGUUACCAUACUGGUUGAUACAGUGGUCGAUAGCACUCAAUAUUGGGUGGAAUAGGAAUUUAUCAAUUCUCACGUGUGCAUCAUAUGCGGCGUUUGCGUUGCUAUACAUAAAUCGUGCUGUGAAUCCUUUCAUAUACGUGUUUUUAUCGGAGUCAUUCAAAAGAAAUGUGAGCUAUAUUUAUUAUCAAAGUAAAACUUGA